AUGUCCCAUAAAGUAACUGUUUCUUCCCAAACAAUCAAGAUGUCAAAUGGCCAUUCAAUGGUAGAACUACCGACGUCCCAAUUACAAACAUCGAAAGAGGAUACUCAAAUACAACUUUUACAACAAUUACAAGAACAAUUAAAAGCACAACAAGAGCUUUUAAAUCAUCAACAUGAAGCUUAUAUCUUGGAACAAACCAAACAGCAACAACAUCAACAAGUACAACCAGACAAUUUUCAUACGCUCCCACCCCAUCAACAAAACACUCACUGGAGCUUCACACAAGGGCUAAUAAUUGGUCAAUUGAGUGUCGUAUUCAUUGUUAUUGUAUUUAUCAAGUUUUUUGUAUUUGCAGAUUCAUCAACCACACCUUCACAGACAAUUAUACGUGAUGCAUCUGGAGUCAUAGUUAAACGAGAUAAAAAGCAGUCCAAUAACAAACGAAGCUCUUACUUGAAUCCAGAAGAAGCUGACGCUUCAGCUGAGGAUGAACGAUUAUUGAGCAAUCGAGCUAAAGUAUCAGCCAUCUUGGAAAAGACAUAUUACGACGUUCAUAAUCAUGCACCAGAAUCACUCGAUUGGUUUAAUGUCCUUAUAGCUCAAACCAUAUCUCAUUUCAGAACAGAGGCUCUUUUAGCUGAUAAUAUAUACCAUUCGUUAAAUGAUUUUCUUGAUCAAACUGAAUUACCUGAUUUUAUGGACAAGAUCAACUUAACUGAAAUUGAUAUUGGUGAUGAUUUCCCCAUUUUUUCAAAUUGUCGUAUUAAACAAAGUAAUGAAGAUACAGGAAGACUAGAAGCCAAGAUUGAUGUUGAUUUGUCGGAUACGUUGACUUUGGGAAUUGAAACGAAGCUAUUAUUAAAUCAUCCACGUCCAUUGACGGCAAUUUUACCGGUAGCGUUGACGGUGUCAUUGGUUAGGUUUUCUGGAUGUUUGACUGUAUCGUUGAUUAAUACUAACGAUCAAGAAUUUGUUGAUCUGAAAAACAUCAACAACAUUAGUAGUGCUGAGACAAACUCUCCACCUACAAGAAAUGGCACCCAAACACAAAGUAACGGCACCAGGAAUGACAACGGCAAUGGAACAGCCUUAAUGUUUUCAUUUUCUCCUGAUUAUCGGUUAGAAUUUGUCGUUAAAUCCUUGAUUGGAUCAAGAGCCAAAUUACAAGAUGUGCCCAAAAUCUCAACCCUUGUUGAAAAUAGAUUACGUACAUGGUUUAUUGAACGAUGUGUUGAACCUAGAUUUCAAGUUGUUCGAUUACCUUCAAUGUGGCCAAGAACUAAAAAUACAAGAGAGCCAGUUAAAGUCAAAGAAGGUGAUGAAAUCUAG